GUAGGAGGGUUGGUUGACACAGGACACAGCAGACAAAAGAGGCGGAACUACGUGGCUUCAGUUCAAAAGGAGAGCUCAGGCUUCUUGCAAAAGCAUCAGUCCGUGCAAGGGACAGAGUGGGAGUAACUUCCAUGCAGUGCAGGGCUCCCAUCACAGAGAGCCCAGUUAGGAGCUCGCACCGCGGAGAUGACACACGCGAGCACUUUGUCAUUUGCCAGCCUCUGCCCAUGGACAAGGCAGAUCGGGCCACUGAGCGAGUAACGUCCGGGGGCGAGGGGGUUAUUUGCUUUCUUGCAAUGGCUCCAGUGACAGAUCCGAACAAGUGGGAGCGACGCUGAUCUCCAUGGAGCCCCCUCCUGCCUCUGGCUGCUGCACCGGCUGCAGUGUGUGAAGCCGCCCCAGCCAGGACGGACCAUGAGGGGCGUCUUCGGCUUCAAGCGGCUGAGGCUGAAGAUCUGGAGGAGAUGCACGCUCCUGUUCUUCCUCUGCUGGGCUGCCUGCUGGCUGCUGGGCAGCACGUUCCUCUUCCUUGUCCACAGGAGCGUCUUCUCUGAGCGCUGCACGGACGAGAAAAGCCACAGGAUCCUGGCGAGGCUGUGUCUUGACUACAGCAAAGGAGCCCUGACUGGCGACCUUUGUGAAGACUUGUGUGUGGCACAGAAGCUGGUGUACAAACAGUGCCUUUACUACGACAGAGGUAAGAAGGUCAUCCAGGCGGACUGGAAAGGCCAGCCAGUCAUCUUGAAAUCCAAAAAGGAAAUCUUCUCUAGCUACCAGCGCCUCAGAUUGCUUGAUGAAGUGGAAACACAGGAUGUUCCUGAGACAGAGCUUCUGCUGAUGGUAGCUUUGGAGGUCAAAAAUGUCCUGGGCCUGGAAUUAUCUAACAACACCAUGGGACCCUUAUGGACUAGGAGGAGAGAUCUGCAUUGGAAAGCACAAGUGGCCAGCAUGUGGUCCUUACUCCAGCAGGAAGAAUAUAUCUACUUCAGUCUACUGCAGGACUUCAGCAAACAUGUCCUACGGGUCAUCGGCUCCUGUGGCCACUUCUAUGCUGUGGAGUAUCUCACAGCCGGACAAGCCUGGCACAAAACUAUUUUUCCUUUGGAGGAUGCAGUUGGUCCCUCCUUCACUGGCACUAAACGCAAGGUGAAGGCAAUAACUGACAUUGCACUCAGCUUCCUAGAUAUGGUGAAUCAUUUUGAUAAUGAUUUCUCUCACCGGCUUCACCUGUGCGAUAUCAAACCAGAGAAUUUUGCUAUCAGAAAUGAUCUCACGGUAGUCGCCAUUGAUGUGGAUAUGGCCUUUUUUGAACCUAAAAUGAGGGACAUCCUUGAACAGAAUUGCACAGAAGAUGAAGACUGUAAUUUUUUCGAUUGCUUUUCGAAGUGUGACCUGACAAUCAGAAAAUGUGGAGCAGAGAGGGCCAACAACAACCUGCAAGUCAUCUGUGACAAAAUAUUCCGUCACUGGUUUUCUCCAAAUCUCAGGGGACACACAAUUUCCUUCCCUCUGCAGUUGCAGUUGCAAAAGGCUGUUCAUGAAUGUGCCAAACCAGAGCCCAAGGACUUGACACAACACCAGCAAACGUCUCUGCAUUCUCUGUCUGAGUUAUACCAUUUGCUGCAAGCCAGUCAAAGAGAGCUUCAAAAAGCAGAUGGUUAGCCUGGUGAAAACCAAUGAAUGGAACAUUUUGAAAAUCAGGCAGUGGUGACUUGUUUGGCCAGGAUCCCUCUACUACACAGUACUCUAAAGAAUGGAAAAAUUACAGUGGAGAACAACUGGCCAUCUUACUUUCAAGAGGAAGCAAAUACAGCAUUGCGAUCUGAAUUUAUAAAUUGGAGACAACAUUGCAAAAGGAAGGUGGUGGUGAACUCUGUUGGAUUGUGCUUGGACCAAUCCAUUCACCUCAAUGUUUCUCAUAGACAUGAUCUUGGAUGUGAUCAAAGAGAAUAAAUGGUGAAAAAGAGCCAGCUUUGGAUGAAAGAGAUGGAAAUACACUCUCCCAUCUGUGGAGUCACAGUAAGGAGUCUCACACUGAUACCAUUAGAGAAUACCUGGAACACUGCAUGAAGAAUUUGAAACUUAACACAGGAAGUUUGCUUAAUAUGAAGGCAUUGACUAAACUGUUAGGAUGAAUUAUUCACAGGCAUGGAACAGAGCCAGUGAAAACAGACAGUAAUCUACGAGAAAUUGUAGAACGAUUCUGAGGAUUAAUUGCUUCAAAAAAUUCAGUGCUCCUUUAAUAUUAGAUUUAAGAUUAUCUUGAGUUUUAUGCAUGUUUACAAGUCCACACAUUCCAAUGCAAGGAGCUGGACACAGAAUUCCACAGGUAACGGUUGAGGGUGCUAUAUUGCUGGGAAGUAUAUUUGUAACAAUGUAACAAACUAACACUAGAUUUUAAUACCACCCUUAUGGUGCAAUAAUUAUGACUCAUGUUAGUAGGGAUAGCAAGUAAUAUUUAUAUAAUAAUUUUAAAUAAAAUAUUGUAGUAAUAAACAAAAUAUCAUCUUACCAAUAAUAAAGAUCAAAGUAAUAAAAGAGAUUCUUUAAAAA